AUGACUAAAAAAUAUAAUAAACGUCCUUCUUCAAAAGAUUACGUAUCUGAAGAUAAGCAUCAACCAAAUCAAACGAGAGUCCCCGUUUUGGUCGAUGUUGUUCAAGAAAACAAAGAAAAAGAUAAAAGGAUUGAUGUAUUACAGGCUCAAGUAGAUGAGCUAAAGGAUCUUUUAAAAACAAUUACAAGAGGAAAACAAAAAGCAAUAGACCCAAAGAAUAAUAUUAUUGAAUUUUCUGAUAAUGAUACGAUGAUAAUAGAGGUAGAAGCUGGAAAAGAAUUUUCACUCCUCGGCUCUGAUCGAAAAGAUCACGAUCACAAAAAAGACUUCCGAACCCUAAAAAAAUCUUUCCAAUCGGGACAGGAACAAGAACAAUCAGAACAUUACGUGAAUGCUAACUUCAACCAGGCGUCAAAAGUACGCAGAACUCAAAAAUGUGAAUUUAAUUAUGAAGAAUUUGCGCCUGAUGAAGAAAAAGCUCCGAAACAAAUUGGUACUUUCUCUUCUCCUCCUCCUCCUUUUGAAGAUUUGAAUAAUGUAAAUAAUAGAGAUGAGGAGAGAGAUAAUAGAAGCAGAAAGAGUAGAAGUGUGAUUUCUGAGGAGUAUGAUAGCAAUAGUGAAGAAACCGACGAUAAAUAA